AUGCCCGUGUGCUCAAACUGUGAGGCAGUAGACAAUUUUUAUAUUGAAGAUGGGUUUUAUUUCUGCAGUGAUUGUAACACUCAAAGUCAGGACAUUAGAGAUAUCCAGUUGGAAGAGGAUUACGUAAAAACGCCAUCAUUGCAAAUUAAAUCAAAAUCUGAUGACUCCAAGACAAAGAAAUCUAAAGUCCCAGAUAAAGGCAAACCAUGGUUCACACAUGAAGCUUUUCAGUUUAUCUUAAAGAAACAAGUUCAGAAACUGAUUGAAAUUGGAGUAUCACCUGCACUAGAGGAGAAUGUUUUUAAAUUAUGGUGUAAAUAUUUAAAUAAAGUUGGUAUCGCCUUUCAUUCCAAUGAAAAAGAUGAUGCUGUUGGUCUUGAACCAUUUCCACGGUUACGAGAUGAGUUUCCUGGCACUGAAGAUGAUCCUUUUAGGGAGAAAGCAAAAAAGGAAAAGAGAAAACGUUCAGACUCAGAGUCAUCCCAAAGUGGCAAAGAAACAUCAGAUUCUAUGCAAGAUUCCAUCUCCUGUGAAGAAACUGAUCCUAACGUGAGUGAUUCCGAUCCAAAUGAUGGUCUUGAUGAGAAUGUUGAUAGUGAUGCUGAAAAUAUAGAUGAUGAUGAAGAUAAAGAUGAAGAUGAUGAUAAUGAUAAAGAUAAAGAUGAUGAUAAUGAUAAAGAUGAUGAUAAUGAAUCAAUCGGUUCUGUUGACCAGAAGAGACCACAUAGCACAAACCGGAUAGAUCGAAUGAGUAUGGACCUGACUGUAUGUUUUAUAUACUUAGCACUUCUAUGGUUAAGAGAACCUGUGUUAUUGUGUGAUCUACUUAGAUGGAUACGUCAAGGUCAUCUUCCUUAUAUUGGAGCCAAUAAGAUAUUACCAAAACACAUGAAAUUUUCUUUUUUUGAUAACAAGACAUUUUGUUCACAAGUAAUACCAUCCAGUAUGACUAUCAGAUAUAAAGUUGGUAGACUGUCAUCGUUUCUUGGCAUUGAUACAUUUCCUACUAUAUAUAUAAAGAAUUUGAUAUCCCGGUUUAUACUAGACCUCAAUUUACCAGCGGAAUUUCAUGGUUAUGUAAGUAAUUUAUUGGACACUCCAUAUUUGAAGUUUGAAGUCACACCAAUAAUGAAAACAUUGAUAAGCUACGAGGGCAUUGCAAUUGGUUACAUCAUUGUAGCUAUCAAGAUGAUGUUUGGUUUAGAUGAUGUAACUGAGCAUAAAAUAUCGCAGCAAGCUGAAAAACUACAACAAGAUAUUAGUACAGGUCCAAAACUAUUUACUUGGGACAGUUGGACGAAAGCAAUGAAAUCAAGACAAGAGAACCAUUUUUUACCUGAAGUUCCAAAGACUAUAAGUGAUUUGAGCAAGUUGCAUCAUUUGUCGGUGUACAUGAAUAAUUACCAGAAUGGUGUGAGCAAAUGGAAGACCUGUUACACAGAUAAUGAAGAACGACGCAUAUAUCAAGAAGUCAAUCGACGAGAGCUGCAGAAGCCUUUCAGUUCCCUGCGAACUAUUGACAUCGGUAAAUACAGUGACAUUCUGCAGGAUGAUGCCACCUCAUUCAGUGGUUUUCAACCUACAGAAGAGGAAGUCAGAGAAGAUGAAGUCAGUGAAAAAAAUCCAUUGUCAGAAGACAGCAAUGAAAUUAAGAGUGAUCAAGUUGAGGAGCUUCAAACAGAUUUUUCUUUGCACACCUUGGAGUACAUCACAAAUGCACAGGAGUUUAUUACAAUGAAUUGUAACCAUGGUAACAGUGAUGAUGAAGAUGAGGAAGAUGAAUUUGAUGAAAGUGCUAUAAGCAGUGCCCAAAUAUUCACAUCUGCGCAUAGGAAUUAUGUGGUGUAUCCAGAUUUCAAACGUAUCCAUGAUUUUCAAGGAGGAUGGUUUGAGAAUCGACGUGAAGAAUUUCAUCACUCCUACACCUGGUUGAUGGAUUUGUGUUCUGACUUGCUACAAACUGAAAAAGAGGACUUGCAUUGUCAAGUCAUUAAUGCAGAAUACUUGAUUGGCAUACGAAAAGAGUCGUAUCAUGCGAAACACUUUACGUUUGGAAAAGUUAGGAAAACUAAGAAGAAAUGA